GGCCCGGCCGGGUCGCGCGCAUGGCGUCGGCGGGCGCGCGGCGACUCCCCGGCGGGACGCGCGCGGCGGCCCAGCGCUGCUGCUGCGGCCUCCGGGCCCCGCCGGGCGCGCGCCCCGCCCCGCCCCGGGGCCCUCCGCGACCGCCGCGACCCCUGAGGUUUGUGAUCUCCAGCAGCCUCCUCUUGCCCCGGGCUGCCCGGGUCUUGGCGGCUGAGGCUGGCUCGCCGCCCAGCCGUUCUUUCAUGGGCUUUGCUGCCCCCUUCACCAACAAGCGCAAGGCUUACUCAGAGCGUAGGAUUAUGGGGUACUCAAUGCAGGAGAUGUUUGAAGUGGUGUCCAAUGUACAGGAGUAUCGCGAGUUUGUGCCCUGGUGUAAGAAGUCUUUGGUGGUAUCCAGCCGCAAAGGACACCUGAAGGCCCAGUUGGAGGUUGGCUUUCCACCUGUCGUGGAACGUUAUACCUCUGCUGUUUCCUUGGUCAAACCUCACAUGGUCAAGGCUGUCUGCACUGACGGCAAGCUCUUCAACCACUUAGAGACCAUUUGGCGAUUCAGACCUGGUAUUCCUGCCUACCCCCGAACUUGUACUGUGGACUUUUCGAUUUCCUUUGAAUUUCGUUCUCUGCUGCACUCCCAGCUGGCCGCCAUGUUUUUUGAUGAGGUUGUCAAAAAGAAUGUUGCUGCCUUUGAGCGCCGGGCAGCCACCAAGUUUGGUCCAGAAACAGCCAUCCCCCGUGAACUGAUGUUUCAUGAGGUGCACCAGACAUGAGGCAGAGGAUUGCUUCUUAGCCUUUCCUUUAGUGUUCCCCUCACUUAUUUAUUUCAUUUGACUCCUGCCCCUGAGAAGUGUUCAUAAUACUGUUCCCAGAAAUUGUACUCUGGGUUGGCUGGAAAUGCUGGGGCCAAGAAAAGGCAAAGGGAGGAGUAUGGAAAUGAGUCAUGCCAAAGGAAGGGUCAUGAGAGCACCGCCGGAUGCCUGAUGCCUGCAGCCUUCUCACACCCAAUUAUAAUGAGGACUAUGGGUUGCUCUGGGGCCCCAUCAAGGUGCCUUAAUGUCUAAUCAGGGAUGGUAACUUUUUAAGGAUUGAAUAAAUUGAGCUUUUUCCUCUGACAGGUACUAAUUUUUGCUUGCCCGAGAUGCAUCACAAGAUACCUGAGAUUUGCCCCUCAGCUUGAAAUCCCGAUGACCUCACUUUAAGAAUAUUCUCGGGCCUCCCCGGUGGCGCAGCGGUUGAGCGCUGGGUUGCGAAGCUGCGCGCGGCCUCUGCGGCGCCGGUUCGAUCCCCGGCUGCUCCCCGGCCACCGGAGGAGGGUCCCACAUGGCGCGCGGACCUCUCCUGCCGCCCGCUGCUCCCCUCAGCAGUGUACUUCG